AGUCAUUGCUGCGUUCCGUGUUGAGAAAAGAGGUCAUUUGUUUAUUGUUGAUUUUUUACUUUUUUCUUUUUAUCAUUCAAAUCAAUGUCAUCUAUUCCCUUUUAUACAAAUUGCAUGCAAAAUUACCUUAUUUACUUAUUGUUACAACUUUCAACAAACUGAAAGUAAACUCGAACAAUUCAUAGGUGAUCUGUCUGUGCUUCCAUCCAUAUUCAUUUGAAUUAAUUUUUAAGGUUAAGUGAGUGCAAUUGGUUCUAUUUUGAUAAGAUAAAAUUAUUAUCUGUGCUACCAGCAUAAAAACUUUAUGAAUCUGUUAAGGAUGACACCGAAAUGUACCACAAAUCUCCUUCAGAAAUUGAGGGGCUACAUGAAGAAUACGAAAUACGUGAAAGAGCCAAUUCACGCCUACAUUGUGCCGUCGAGCGACGCCCACAACAGCGAGUACUUGGCCGAAUGCGAUAAAUUCAGGGACUUUAUUUCAGGAUUUACCGGAUCCGCCGGAACGGCUAUUAUAACUGAAAAUGAGGCGCUCCUCUACACAGACGGGAGGUACUAUUUACAAGCGAGUCAACAACUGGAUCCGAAUUGGACUCUUGCAAAAGAGGGACAACCUACCACACCAGCUCAAGGCGAUUGGCUUUCAAAGACCCUUCCGAAGGGUUCUCGAAUCGGAGUGGACCCCAAAGUAUACUCGUUCGAUAAAUUCAAAUCCUUGCACAGUAAGCUAGAAGCAACAGGCCACGAAUUGGUUCCCGUCAGUACCAACCUGAUAGAACUCCUGUGGGCUGACAGGCCUGCUAGACCAACGAACCCGGUGAAACCGUUGGGAUUGAAAUACACGGGUACCACUGUGGACAACAAACUAAAGUCAUUAAAUGAUUCGAUGAAAGAAAAGAACGCCGAGUACCUGGUACUCUCGGCUCUGGACGAAAUAGCGUAUUUCCUGAACCUUAGAGGGUCAGAUAUCGAAUUUAAUCCGGUAUUUUUUUCGUACGUUCUAAUUGCAAAUAACUCUUUCACUUUGUUUAUCAACGAUAAGCAAGUUUCCAAGGACGUUUUGAACCAUUUAAACACCCAAGUUUCCGGCAAUUACAAAAUUGAACCGUACGAAAACGUUUAUAAGAAAUUAGAGGAGUUAGGGCGGCAAGUUAACGGAAACGUUUGGUUCUCCGAGCAAUCCAGCCACGCGCUCGUCGAUCUGAUACCAACAAACCGUCGCAUUACAACCGAUGUCACUCCCAUAGCUAUAAUGAAAGCCAUAAAAAACCCGGUGGAAAUCAAAGGCAUGCGCAAUUGCCACAUACGAGACGCCGCGGCGCUUUGCUGCUAUUUUUCCUGGUUGGAACACAACGUGAACAAAGAAAAAAUCACCGAAAUAUCGGGCGCCGAGAAGCUGGAGGGAUUUCGAAAGCAACAAGAGGACUUCGUAGGGCCCAGUUUCGAUACCAUCAGUUCGGUCGGGCCGCACGGUGCUAUAAUUCACUACAAACCCACUAAAGAAACCGACGUACAAAUCACCAGCGAUCAGUUGUACCUGUGCGAUUCCGGCGGUCAGUACUUGGACGGUACUACCGACGUAACGAGAACCCUUCAUUUCGGCAAUCCCACGCAAUACGAAAAGGAAUGCUACACGAGAGUGUUGAAGGGACAACUGAAGCUAGGAAGCAGAAUAUUUCCGUUAAAAAUUAGGGGUAACUGCUUGGAUUCAUUCGCUAGAGAGUACCUUUGGCAAGUCGGGCUGGAUUACGCUCACGGUACAGGCCACGGUAUUGGCUCCUAUCUUAACGUCCACGAAGGACCAAUGGGGAUAUCCUGGAGACCUAUAGAUACGGAUCCCGGUUUGCAGGUGGGCAUGUUCGUGUCGAACGAGCCCGGUUACUAUCAAGACGGAGACUUCGGUUUGAGGAUCGAGGAUAUCGUGGAAAUUGUGGAAGCCAAUCCGCCUCAUAAUUUCGCCAAUAGAGGGUAUUUGACGUUCGAAACGAUCACUUUGGUGCCGAAAAUGAACAAGUUGAUUUUGGUGGAUAUGCUCACUGAUGAGGAAAUCAAACAGCUGAACGAUUACCAUCAAAAGUGCGUGGAAGUCGUCGGGCCUUUGUUGGAGCAACAAGGCCAAAUGCAGGCUAGGGAAUGGUUAAUUAGAGAAACGCGUCCUAUAUCCAGAAAAAAUUGAAAAUGAUACAUUUUUGUGAUAUAUUGUUCAUUAAUUUUUGAAUAAAUGCAUUUAAUUUAUA